AUGGAUCCGCGAAUCAACGGGAGAACUUUCUGCGAGGAAGAAGAGUAUAGGCUCUUGGCCACUCGCAAGGUGUACGGGAAGAAAUGGGCCAUGAUUGCUCGGUUAUUUUCCGAGCAGACCGAUAAUGUAGUCAAGAAUCACUCAGAAGUUGGGAAAAGUUGCAAGUUCAGGUGGUUCAACCAGCUCGAUUCGCAAAUCAACAGGAGAGCUUUCAGUGAGGGAGAAGAGGAGAGGCUCUUGGCCCCUCACAAGGUAUGCAGGAACAAAUGGGCCAUGAUUACCUUGUUAUUUCCUGGAUGGACUGAUAAUGUGACCAAGAAUCACCGGGAACUUGGUUACGCUAGUUAUAUUUAA